UUUGCAUCUUCGCUUAUUAUGAUAGACAAACAAGAACACAUAGAGAGAGAGGGCAAGGUGCUGACUUUUUGCAAGCAAGAGAGUAAAUGCAGUUUGCUGUCCGCAUUUGACUCUUUUGAUGAAGAAGAAGAUAGAGCACACAAUUGCCCCAUUUAACCCUUUCUAUACCUCUCUCCCUUCUCACCCUAAACAGCAACAUAACUCUCUAUAUAUUCCCUCACACACAUCCUAUCCCCUUCAGUUACACUCUCUCUCUCUCUCUCUCUCUCUCAUCCCAAAUCAUGAUAACACAAGUGAUCCUAACCAUCUAGACCAAAGAUUUCAAAACCCCUUUUCCCAAUUGGAAACUUAACAAAAAAGUGAUCUUUUGUUAUGGGAAGACCACCUUGUUGUGACAAAAUCGGUGUGAAAAAAGGGCCAUGGACUCCUGAAGAAGACAUCAUCCUUGUUUCUUACAUUCAAGAACAUGGCCCCGGAAACUGGAGAGCUGUUCCUUCUAACACAGGUUUGCUCAGAUGCAGCAAGAGCUGCCGUCUCCGGUGGACCAACUAUCUCCGGCCGGGAAUCAAGCGCGGUAAUUUCACCGAGCACGAAGAGAAAAUGAUCAUCCACCUCCAAGCCCUUCUCGGCAACCGAUGGGCUGCGAUAGCUUCGUACCUACCGCAGAGAACAGACAAUGACAUCAAGAACUACUGGAACACGCAUCUGAGGAAGAAGCUGGGGAAGAUUCAAGGGCAUAAUAGCGAGAGCAUCGAAAACGGCGGCGGCGGCGGCAAAGAUUCGGAAUCGGUUUCCAAGGGGAAGUGGGAGAGGAGGCUCCAAACAGAUAUUCACAUGGCCAAACAGGCCCUAUGCGAGGCUCUCUCUCUAGACAAAUUCGACAGCGCCGCCCUCUUCCCAACGAAGACGGCGCCGGAGAUGAAGCCGGCGCCGUCGACGUACGCUUCGAGCGCCGAAAACAUCGCCCGAUUGCUCCAAAACUGGACGAAGAAAUCUCCGAAAUCAAUGGGUGACGUGGCGAGCUCGUCUGAGAGCAGCGCGGUGGGGCUGAGCUCGAGCCCGAGCGAGGGGGCGAUGAGCACGGCGACCUUGGCCGGCUUCAACAGCUCGAAUUCGGAUUCUGUGGAGGAUCAAUUAGAGGCCAAGUUUGAUCGGAAUUGUGUGGAGACGGAAAUGCCCUUGAGCUUGCUGGAGAAGUGGCUGUUUGAGGACGCGGCGGCGCAGGGACACGAUGGGGAUUUCAUGGAGAUUGCCUUGCGGGAAACUGCUGAUUUGUUAUGAAGAAAAAUAUCUUAUCUUCUUCAAAACAACUUAGCAGUUUUUAACUAAGGUUUUAUUAUUGUUGUUAUUAUUAGUAUUAUUAUAUUAUAUUAUAUUAUCUACUUUGGGGGAUUUUAAGGUUUUUAGGGUUUGAUCUGUGUAGACAGAGAGGUUUCCAGCUCUUUCAUGUGAUGGGAAAAAAGAGCUAAAAACUGUAAAUUACUUACUUGGUAGAAUUAGAGUCCUCUCUCUCUCUCUCUGGGAGCAAAAAGUGUUUGUACAUUGUGCAUCAUAUGGUGUACAUUCCUGAGAAAUGAGAAUUAGGGUUUGACUUA